GGUUACAUGGAUUUGCUUGUCUAUCGUCUGGGCCUCAAUUAACCGAUAAUAGUGUUGUGAUCUUAUGUUUUGUUGGACUUUUUUGCACAGUUUGUUAGCUGGGAUAGAACAACAGCAAAUUUGUUGUAAACAAGGAUGUCCGAGGAACCUACAAGCGAAACGGGGACUUCAAAAGUGCUGGAGUUAGAGAGAAAAUUCAGUAUAAAUGAGAACAGCGAGCGAAAGCUGCAAGAAGUUGGGGCCUCUUGUUUGCGAGAGAAGUCGUUCGAAGAUUCCUACUACGACUCAGUCGAUUACCAGCUAACAUUAUCAGACUACUGGUUACGAAAAAGAGAAGGUAAUUGGGAGUUAAAAUCACCCCCAGAAAAACGUAAACCCGAAAGCGACGUGGCACAGUAUAUCGAAACAACCAACGCGGGCGAGAUCGUUCAGUACCUGUCUGCCAUUUUGAAAACGGAUCCAACUCACGCUGGCGACAACGCUGAUCAAAUUGCAAAAUUCGUAGAGAAAACGGGACUGCAGCCAUUUGCAGUGUUCAGAACGAAUAGAAAGACCUAUACUAUGGAAGGGGGUUUUCAAAUCGACCUCGAUGAAACAGACUUUGGCUACAAAGUUGGUGAGAUCGAACUUAUCGUUCACCAAAAUGAAGAUGUUGCGGCAGCAUUGGAGAAGAUCGACACUCUUGCGGAAAAAUUAGAAUUUACAAACCUAGAGGCUGAGAUUCCGGCUGGUGUUUUACCAGAUACUCUGCUUGUUAUUUAGGCAGGGGAGAAGAGGUUGUUAUCAAAAUAGUUUUCAAAACCGACCAGGAUAUUAGGAAAAAUGGACGUUUAUCUCAUGCAACACAACCCUUCGCACUAUAAUAAGUUACUUGAAGCCCACGUCUUGUUCAACAAACAUAGCAAAGCAGUUUAACAGGAGUGAUGCCACAAUCUCAGAUACUUGUAUAUUGGUUGGAAUUUCAUCGAU